UCACAUAAUCUCCAACAAUACUGAUCUCUAAAUAAUUUAUAUUAUAAACUACUGGACUCAGCCUCCUCCACGUAGAUAGCUACACAGCCCUUGGAUUGGAUGCGAAUCACCUUGGAUAGGGGGCUCAUGUGGGUUCCAAGAGCAAUGCCCUUACUCUGUUGUCAAAAUGUUUGUGGGUGUUGAUAUUUUUGUCAAUCAGAACAGUCUUGAUUGGUAUGGGCUUCAUGUCUUUGCAAAUGGUACAGAUUGAUGACAUGGCAGCGUGAAUAGUGGAGCUCAAAUGCACUUUAUGUUUACGGACUCACUGUGGAUAUACAGUUGAAGUUACUGUAUUCCCUCUAUUUUCUUUGUUUCAGUAGGGGGUGAGUUCUUAUUUGUUUUAACAGGGUGUGAAUUAAUGUGGCUUGAAUUGUGUUGUGAAAAAUGGGGUGUAGUAUAGUGUGGUUCAGGAGGGACCUGAGAUUGGAAGACAAUCCAGCAUUGGUAGCAGCUGCAAGAGGUGGUGGGAGUGUAGUACCAGUGUACAUAUGGUGUCCUAAUGAGGAAGCCCAAUUCCAUCCAGGUAGAGUUUCUCGGUGGUGGUUAAAGAUGAGCCUCAUGCAUUUGGAUCAGUCUCUGAGAGCCCUAGGUGUUCCUCUGCUCAUCCUUAGAACUACUGACACCCUUUCUGCUCUGCUUAACUUGAUUCAAUCCACUGGUGCCACUCAACUCUUCUAUAAUCGUCUAUAUGAUCCUAUAUCGCUUGUACGUGAUCAUAAGCUGAAACAGCAACUUAUCGAAAAAGGUUAUUUUGUGUUCAACUUUAAUGGUGAUUUAUUAUAUGAAUCAUGGCAAGUUUAUGAUGAGAAUGGGAAUGCUUUCACAAGAUUUAAUGCUUUUUGGGAAAAGUGCUUGAACAUGCCAUUUGAUCCAGAGGCACCACUUCUUCCUCCAAGGAAACUGGUACCGUCAACAGGUGUAUUGUCUUCAUGCACGAUAGAAGAACUAGGUCUGGAAACUGAAACAGAAAAAACUAGCAAUGCACUGCUGGAAAGAGCAUGGUCUCCAGGAUGGAGCCAUGCAGAUAAGGCAUUAGACAGGUUUCUUGCAGGGCCUCUCCUAGAGUAUGCAAAACAAAGAAAAAAGGUCGAUGGUCGCAAUACUUCAUUCCUCUCACCUCACAUACAUUUUGGAGAGUUGAGUGUAAGGAAAGUGUUUCACUUGGUUCGAAGGAAGCAAACUAUUUGGUUAAGAGAAAGGAAGGCACUUGCUGAAGAGAGUGUGAAUUUGUUUCUUAGAUCAAUUGGUCUGAGGGAGUACUCAAGGUAUCUUUGCUUCAAUUUUCCUUUCACGCAUGAACGACCACUACUAGGAAAUUUAAGAUUUUUUCCUUGGAGACCGGAUGAAGGUUUAUUCAAGGCAUGGAGACAAGGACGUACAGGCUAUCCAUUCGUAGAUGCCGGAAUGAGACAAUUGUGGGCAACAGGAUGGUUGCAUAACACAGUAAGGGUGAUUGUUUCUAGUUUUUAUGUGAAAUUUCUUCAGCUUCCCUGGACAUGGGGAAUGAAGUACUUUUGGGACACGCUGUUGGAUGCAGAUAUAGAGUGUGAUAUUCUUGGUUGGCAGUAUGUCUCUGGUAGUUUGCCCGAUGGCCAUGAGCUGGAUAGAAUUGAAAACCCUCAGGCUGAGGGUUGCAAAUAUGAUCCUGAUGGAGAAUAUGUCCGGCAAUGGUUACCUGAACUGACAAGAAUGCCAACCGAGUGGAUACAUCAUCCGUGGAAUGCUCCAAUAGCAGUACUCAACGCUGCCGGGGUUGAGUUGGGUAUAAAUUAUCCAAGACCAAUUGUAGAGAAGGCUUCUGCUCAAGAACGUUUGCAGCAGGCACUUUCAGUAAUGUGGGAACGAGAUGCAACUGCAAGAAGAGAAGAAGGGUUAGGUGAUACGCUAGAAAUUCAAGGCACGGGAGGUCCAUUACAUGAAAAAAUGGUUGUUCCCAAGGUAGUUGUGAUGAAUAAAUCUGACCCAUCAGUUAACCCAUGGAGUGAUCAACAGGUUCCUUGUAUUUCCACUGCUUCCAGCGUACCAGAAGCCCCUUGUGUGAAAAAUAACUUCACAAGCAAUCUACAAAUAUCUCCAAGUGAGUCAGAGAAGGUCCCUACAGUAGCCACAGAAGCUAAUUUUGAUAGCUUAAAAAAAUGUGAGGAGCAGAAUCAGUUACUGAGGAUAAGACCUGUAUCUGUAGAGAGUGAUGAACAUUCUACAGCGGUGUCUUCAUCUGUCAGAAAAUCUACAGAUUUGGAAAGUAAACCAAGUGCUAUCCCACUGUGGUCACAGGUAGCAGAUACUGACCUAGAAACGGCAUCAGAACAAGCUGGCCUACAAUCAUCAGUUGAAUUGUUUGGACAAAAACGUACCCUACAAUUGUUCAACUGUACCAUACCCAUGGUUGCCAACAAGAUUGAAGAUGAGGCCGAAAGCUCAGUUAAAUAUGGUUGGACAAGACCAACAAAGAGACAAGCCAGAAUUGACAAUUGAAAGCAAAUAAAUACACUGUAAUCUCAUCUGUAUGGCAUGCCACGCUAUGUUCAUUUAUUAAGUUUGAUCAAUCCAUUUUCAGAAAUGACUGUUUGGCAUUGCUGCUUUCUAAAUAAAACUUGCUAUAUAAUUGUGGGUUCCAUUUGCUUCACUAUUUCUACUUUUCCAUACAUCAGGAAUAACAGCUAUACACUGGUAGGAAUCGAAACCAGUCACAUCCCCAAAAGUGGAACAUGCAAGGAUUACCAGAUGCAGAUUGGGAACAGUACAUUUUUGGCUCGCUGUCAUGGCAAUCUUGUUGGAAUGUUUUAAUUUGUCAAUCCUUCUCCAGUCUCGCUUCAGGGAAAUGUUUGUAGAAGUAGGGGCUUUGUCAUUGGCAAAUUAUAAGAAGAGUGAUCAGAUGGCGUGCAAUUUUUGUUCAAUGUAAAUGUGUUGGACUUCCCUUGGAUGAAGGUUGAUUCUAAAUACUUGGAUUCUUAGAGAGAACUGCAUAUGUUGCACUUUAUCUGAAAUUGUUUGUAAUGGUGAACUAAAAUCAUUCGUUACAGAGAAAGGUUGGAACUAUAACGAUAGAUAUUUUUUAUUUAAGCAUUUGGCGCUCACAGGUAAUUUACCUA